AUGGACAGUCAGACAGCUUCUGGCCGCCGAGUAGACGGCAUCAUUCAACCGGUGGCCCCCUAUAUGGCAGGACGCCAGAACGAUGACCACUACUACGCCUACUCUGCUAUAGCUAACGUCCUAGAUGUUUCGGCUGCAGUGUUUCCGGUCUGUUCUGGAUACUCGCUAAAAGACAUUGCAGUUGAAGAAGUUUUCAGUCGUCCGGCAUUGAAUGAAGAGGACGCAAAAGUGCAAAACAGGUACCGCGCCCACGACGCGCAGAACAUGCCAGUAGGUCUCCAAGUCCUGAGCAGACGGCUGGAAGAGGAAAAGGUAUUGGCCAUGGGACAGGCAAUCGUGGAAGCUUUAUACCAUGAAGCUUAA